UUACCGAGCGUCCUAUCCGAUGCUCCCGGCUUUGAAAAGUUCGACAAAAAAUUAACUUAUUUGCAUGUGCACAACUCAUUGUGUUCGGCGAUUUUUGUGUGUAGUUUUUUCGUGUUUUCGAUUUGCAUUGUCAUGGCAAUGUUGACCGCUGCAUCUGCGAUGAGGUGCCUGCCCUCCGAGGCAGCCCCCUCUUUUCCAGCGAAAGCCGCUCGAUUUGGAGUGCCCACAAUGCUGUCCGAUAUAGACCAACUGCCCACGCUCCAGGUGGGCGACUAUACGCUCCAAUUCGAGUUGGGCGAGCCAACGGCCCAGGGAAAGGAGGUGGCCAUCAAGGAGCUCCGGGAAACCCCCGAGCGUCAGAAGGAGGCCGCCAAGGAACUGGCUCGUCUUCUAGAGGAGGAAACGGACUUGCACUAUCCCAAGGGAAACGAGGAGUGGCUGAUUAGAUAUCUGAGGCCCUGCAAGUAUUAUCCGGAGAGUGCUCGCGAUCUGAUUAAGCGCUACUACUCCUUCAAGGUGAAGCACGCUGAUGUGUACAACGACCUCAAGCCAUCGAACGAGGCCAACAUUUUCAAGCACAACAUUCUGACCGUCUUUCCCAAUCGUGAUCAAUGUGGGCGUCGUAUUUUGGUUCUGGAACUGGGCAAACGCUGGAAGCACAAGCAGGUGACUUUGGAUGAGGUUUUCAAGGGCGCCGUGCUCUUCCUGGAGGCUGCCAUGCUGGAACCGGAGACCCAGAUCUGUGGAGCAGUGGUGAUCUUUGACAUGGAUGGCCUCAGUCUGCAGCAGACCUGGCAAUUUACGCCGCCAUUUGCCAAACGCAUUGUGGACUGGCUGCAGGAUUCGGUGCCACUCAGGAUCAAGGCCAUUCACAUUGUGAACCAGCCGAAGAUCUUCCAGGUGGUCUUCGCUCUGUUCAAGCCCUUCCUCAAGGAGAAGCUGCGCAGCCGGAUCAUCUUCCAUGGCACCGAUCGCGAGUCCCUGCACAAGUACAUGUCGCCCAAGUGUCUGCCAGCCGCCUAUGGAGGAUUCCGGGAGGCCAGCCGAAUUGACAGUGAUCAGUGGUAUCAGUUACUCCUCAAAUGCGACACCGAGUUCGACACCAUCAACUCGUAUGGCUACAAGAAGAAGUGAUCUGUGCCCCAGCUGCUGCAAGUGAUAAUAUAAACUUCCCCAAGUUUCCAUUUUUUAAGCAUAUUUGUGCUGAACUCACGCACACGUUAUAGUUAAGCACUCGAUCUGUCAUACGCUUGUCCUGUUAGUGAAUAACGCCUAGAGUUUGCCUUAGUCUUAAUCGGGAUCCUCGGAUCCUGGAGCCUCGAUUGCAACCAGAAGAAGUGUUAUACCUACUUAAAUAUUAUAAUUAAUCCGGGGUAAUCGUAUUUAUAGCAUUUUACUAUUGUACAUUUUUAAACCAAUUGUUGAAAUAUAAACCCAAAAUUUGUA